AUGGAGAUGCAGGUUGUCAUGUCCGUCUCCGGCGUCGUCUUCUCCGCAGUCGCCAUGAUCAUCAACAAGGACUUUCCGGUCAGCGCAGACCUAUCUUCUUCCUCCUCCCUCUUCCGUAUGAUCUAUCCACCGCCAUUAACGAGGUUCUUUUGUGUUCUUGCAGGCCAUUAAAAGGGAGGUGGAGCAGAUUUACGAGCUAGGAGAAAACAAGUACUAUCUUGUUCUGGCGGGCGUCGCCAUUACAUGGCAGGUGACGUGCUUGGGCUUCUUGGGGUUGAUCUGCUGCUCCUCCGCCCUCUUCGCCGGCGUGGUCACAGUCAUGCUUCUGCCGGUGGGGGAGAUCAUGCCGGUGCUACUGCUGGACGAGCAGUUCACCAGCGCCAAGGGGAUCGCCACGGCCUUGCGCUUCUGGGGCUUCCUCUCCUAA